GGGCGUUUUUACAGCAAAUGGCGACGUAAACAAGUAUAAAGUUUGAAAAUGUCUAGUGAAGAGGAACAAGAUGUGUUUGAAAUCACAGAUUUUACUACGGCAUCUGAAUGGGAAAGGUUUAUUGCCCGUAUAGAAGAGAUCAUUCACGAAUGGAAGUUGGUUUCAUCAGCAACUGUACAGCCACCUUUAAAAAAGAAUGAAUUAAUUACUUCACAAUGGGAAGAAGAAAGAGAGUCGUUAUUAUUUGCUAAUGUAUCAUUUGAUGUGAUACAUCAUUAUAUUAAACAGGAAAAACAUAGUUCAGAUGAAGUUGCCGGAAGUGAUGAAUCUAACGAGCUACUUCCUUGUGCAAUGACCGACGUUAUGUCUUGGGAAAAUGAUUUCCCCCCUCGAGCACAUUGUUUAGUUCGAUGGUAUGGUUUAAGAGAUUUCAUAAUUAUACAUCCAUCUAAAAACAACGAAGCUAUCACAAAUGAAGAUAAAGCAAAACUCUUGUUGAGCAGUAUAUGUAUAGCCAUUAAUAACACAAAUUGUUCUCUUCCAAUAUUUGUUCAACUUCUUCAACCACAUGAAAAAUUCUACACUGGAAUAUGUGAAGGUGGGGGAUUUAGAAUGAAUUUUGAAAUGGUUCGCUUGCAUCAUACUCUCCCUCAGUAUAAUCACUUAUCAGGACUUCUGAACAUUUACAGAUCUAAAUUGGGUACACAAUUAACAGAUUUAGCUCCAAUAACCGUGUCUAUAAGGUUUACUUACAUUAUGAGAGAUUGGUCUUUAUAUACUUGGCCGCAACCUCCUCCGGAUAUAAAUGAUUUUGGAGAAGAUUUAAUGCCUUCAGAUUUAGGAAAACUUCCUUUCGGAGCUACAGAAGAUCCUAUUAUAGAGCUUCAAUUGUCUGUAACUUGGAUGCAUUGUUCCGCAGAUGUGGUAGUUGAUAAUGAUGUUCACUCAGAUCUCGAUCCACUUCGUGCACCAAAAUGGUCAGUUCGGGUUAGAAUGACAGAAAAUCCAGCUUGUUUAAUGGAUGAUUACUUAAAGGAAUUUUUUUCGCUUUCUCAACAAAACGAACCGCUCGGACAAAUUAUCGGAAAAAUAUCAACAUUGGACGAAGACGAAGAUCCAAAUUUCGGUCAGGCUCUCGAUAAAUUAGCUAAUCCGACAGCUCCAAUACCCAGUCUGCAAAAUAUCAUUUAUCAGUCCAGAAAUCAAGUACAGGUAGAACAAAGCGAAUCCUCUCUCAUAAGUGAUGAAGUUUUAAUAAAAAUUUUGCAGUAUAUAUUUCCUGAUUCAGUUUCUCUAAGCAAAGAGGAAAGCAUUGAAUUCGAAAACGAUAACGCACUUCCCGAAGUAUUUAGAACAAGAAAAGAAUUAGAAAAAUUAGAGGAAACAUUUAAAUCAUUCAAAGCAGCACCUCCCGGAAGCUUAACGUGGCGACUUAGUCUAGCAUUGUGUAAAGUUAAUUAUUGCUUUGGAGGAAUUGCAGCCGUAGCUCAUCUUUGGCAAGAAGUUUUAGUCGAGAUGAGACAUCGUUGGGAAAAUAAUUACACCCUACCAUGUUUAGAGUCUGGUUCGCCAAAUUUGACUCAUUGUCUCUUACAUCAGAAGUUUCAGAUGUUAAAUUGUUGUAUUCAGCGCAAGAAAGUGAGAGAAUGGAAUCAAUUGAAUCAAAAUAGUUUGUCGCUCGUAACGUCAGAAAGCAGAGAACCGAGUUCACAGUCAUUUUACAGUGAAAGCGAUGGUGACGACGAAUAUUUUGAAUGCAACGACGCAUCAAAUAACGACAAAGAAAAGGCAAAUUCGAGUGACAACAGCAAAACGCAAAAACAAGUUCCGGAAGGUCGGCUGAAGCAGUUAAAUAAUCUAACUUUAUUACAUUCUGGUGCCCCAUUGUUCAUACCCAUUACUCAGGAACCUUCACCAAUGACAGAAGACAUGUUGGAAGAGCAUGCUGAAAUCUUAGUUCAGUUGGGAACUAAUUCCGAAGGUGCCGCUUUGCGUGCAAGAAUGCAAAGCGCUUGCCUGAUGUCAGAUAUGGAAGCAUUUAAGGCUGCAAAUCCAGGUGCAUGUCUAGAGGAUUUUGUCCAGUGGUAUUCGCCCCGAGAUCUAAUUGAGGAGACCAUAACAGACGAAGAAACAGGGAAAACAGUGACUAAGAGUCACCUGAGUGCUCGUAUGCUGCUGCCUGGCAAUAUGUGGCAAGAAGCUUGGGAGAGUUCUCGCGCCGUGCCCGCACAUCGCCAGAAAAGACUCUUCGAUGACACAAAAGAAGCCGAGAAGAUACUCCAUUAUUUGGCAGCAAUUAAACCAGUUGAUUUGGUUAAUCAUCUGAUGCCUGUUUUGAUAUAUAGCACAUUGGUUCAGUUAGCAGAAUGUGUGGAAGUUGGACCCCCUUCACUUGCAACUAAAUUAAUAGAAAUAGCUAAUAGAACAGUGAAAGUCAUGCAUAUGCCUCAACCAUCGUAUAAGGAUAUUUUAAGUAUGAUAUAUGAAGCAGAAGUAAAGAUUUCACAAGGACAGUCAUUAUAUGCAAAAUUUUGUAGUGAAGAUAACAGUAGUGAAGAAGAAGACAAGAAAAAGACAUCCAGAAUUGACGUGGCCACGAGCUCGGGCACAGUGGAUUCCGAGAAUGAAAACUCAGAAAACACCGUGCAGAAAUUUUGCUUGGAUUUAGUCGAAUAUUCAGAAGUCGAGGUUCCAGGGGGAAGCAAGGGCCUGAUAGGAAAUAAGAUUCGUCGACUUUUUGCCGAAGCCCAAAGGAAUUCUCACUUAAUAAUAGACGAGAAACCGCUAGCAUCUUCGGGCGGGGUCUCUUCGUCCGAAUACCACUCGACAGUCAUGGAGUUUCCCAAACCUUCGGCCAGGGAAUUCAUUCUGAGGGCCAAUCUGUCCAGGCCGACCCAGUGUUCCGGUCCGUCACCCCAGCGCAUGUAUUGCCUGCUGACGCCAGAAGAAUUCCGACUAGCGGGCGCCUUCAGCGAAGACACGACAUUUCAAUAGAUCACUUUUGUUUAAAGCGCAAGUGACUUACUGAUUAAAUUAACUAUUAAAUUUUGCAUAUAUUCUAUCUUGUACAUUUGUAAAGCUAAGUGAGCAUUGGAUUACAGUUUUCGUUCUUCGUUGGAGGAGAUUUUAUAGAAUUGCAAAGGAAAUACUGUUAACAGUAGCAAAAUAAGUCAAAAAUGCUAAACUGCUUUAAUAUAAAUGCCUGUUUUUUAAAAAAUAAUGAGUCAAUCAAAUUUUGUAUAGAUAAUGAUAAUAAUAAUAAUAAUGUAAUAUAUUACAAUUUAAUUUAAAGAAGGUAUAAAUAAUUGUAUUUUUGGAAGGAUUAAACAUUUCAGCUUGUUGAUC